UCUUACUAUACUCCGUACACAUAUUAUGAUGGGCCACGUAUCCGCCGUAUUUUGUUCGGAUAAAUCCGAGCUUCCAACCCACCUUCUCCCACCCUCUAUCAGCAACAGCCGCAGCCGCGCUCUCAUCACGUAGGUCCGCCGCAGCCGUCGCAGCCGUCACAGCCGUCAUUUAGAAGGCGACGACAACAUCAGCGUUGCAAAUCUCAGGCGUGAGUGACGUGACAUCCCUGACCGCGUCUUGCGCCCGUCGCAGCCUCCAUAAUCGCCACACAUGACCGUCACUAAACGCAGAACACAUCACAAGAGCCGCCUGGGCUGUAAGAACUGCAAGACUCGGAAAAUCAAGUGUGACGAGAAGAAGCCGUCAUGUUCGAACUGCAUCCGGCGCAAAGUAGACUGCGACUUCACUGCAGUCGGGACUCCGCAGCCGAGUUUGUCUCCCACAGGCCUGAGUAUGACGGAUUUAGAACUGCUGCAUAAUUACACGACCACCACCUACCUGACUCUGUCAGAAAGCCCAAUCAUAAGGCAGUUUUACCGAGACACAGUGGUGCAGGUGGGACUCGAGUACGACUACAUCAUGAGGGGCGUGCUGGCUCUGUCGGGUCUUCACCUCGCCCACCACCGCCAGCACAUACGCGACCACUACCUCGCCGCCGCCGUCACCCACCACCAGGCCGCAUCACAGGCCACCAUCCCCCUCGUUCCGAAUGCGACGCCCAAGAACGCGCAGGUGCUGUUCCUCUUCUCAGUCUUGACGACUUACUACGCGCUUGGCUGGCCACGCAAAUCCGACGAUACCCUCCUCCUCCGAGAGAACGCGGGCUUUCCCGACUGGGUGUAUCUGCUCCGCGGGACCAAAGGCUUCAUCGAACUGGCGGGGGUGCCAACGGGUGGGCCGAUGGCGCCGCUGUUCUCGCAUUCGAUCGCUCGCUUCCAGCUACGCGAGGGGCCCGAGGCAUCCAACUCGUCUGCGAACGCGGCGCUGGCGGAGCUGGAGGAGGUCGUUGCGCGACGGCCGCUGGAGGACGAGGCACUGCGCGGGGUUUACAUGCGGGCCAUCGCCGAGUUGAAAAAGUCGUUUGGCCAGGCCGAGGCAUGCGCGGCGCAGUACGAGAUGGCGGAUGCCUUCAUCUGGGUGUUUCUGAUGGCGGAGGACCUGCUGCCGUUGUUGCGGACGCCCACUCAGGAGGCUGUGGCUAUCUUUGCCUAUUUUUGUGUGCUACUGAAGAAGCUGGAUGGCCACUGGUGGAUGCAAGGCUGGGGGGCACAUCUCAUAGCCCAUGCCUACGACCUGCUGGACGAUGAGGGCCGGUUGUUGAUUCGCUGGGCUGUGCAGGAGAUUGGAUGGGUGCCGCCGUUGGCUACAGAACGCUUGGGAGGCGAGACGUCAACGUACGGCAACUCCCAAGAAAUCGCGGGGACAUCAACGUUGUGAAUUCAAUGAUGCGUGUGCGGUCUGAAAGUGUCGUUGAUGCUUGUACUUAUUAUCCAACAUGAUUAUUAUGUAGAC